UCUUCUCUCUCUCUCUCUCUCUCAAGAGGAAACUCUUUUCGCUUCCUCCAUUUCUCUCCGUCUUCCUUUCUUUUUCUUUUCCUCUCUGUCUCUCUCUCUGUCUCUCUCAUAAGUCUCCUCUUCCAGCUGCUUGCUCAAAGGUUUCUCGCACUAGAAUUCAUGUCGCAGGACGGAGGUAGGCCAUUGCCGAAAUUUGGGGAAUGGGAUGUUAAUGAUCCUGCUUCAGCAGAAGGAUUUACUGUGAUCUUUAACAAGGCCAGGGAUGAGAAGAAAACCGGUGGCAAACCAGAGUCGCCAGGAAAGGGCGAUUCUCAUACUAAGGGGCCAAUGGAGCAUGGAAAGCCUCCUGCUGUAAGUUGUUUGAUCCCCCCUCCCCUGGUCCCAUGCUUAUCCCCUAUAGUUUGAUGCUAGGAUAGUAGGAUUACAUACUAAUAGCACUAUAGUACUUUCACGCAUGGCCAAAAUCUAUAUAGUUGAAAGGGGUGUAUCUUCAUAGGUUGUGUGGUCUUUUGUUAUAAUCAAGGGUAGAAUCUAUAGUCAAAGUGUAUAGAUAAACAUUUAAUAUCUGCACUUAGUAUUACAGCACCCUGCCAAGUAUGCUUCAAGUAGGGAUGACAAUUUCGACAUGCUUCAAUCUGUCCCGGGGAGCAACAUGAGGUGGGGCAGGGCCUUACUCCACGCCUCAUCCCAACCUGUUUUUGGCUCGCUCUAUCUCAAGUCUCGACACUAUAAUAUUUAUUCAAUUUUAUUCUACUUUCACUUAAGUUCAAAUACGUUUGUGCAUUAUUCAUGUCAUUAUGUUCAUUUAGAAAGUGUUCUCCCUUUGUGUUUCCUUUAGAAUUGGAGAUGUUGUACUCUAAUCACUUGUUAGAGUGAGUCGUCCUGCCCUGACAUGUGUCCUAGUCAUUUGUUACCGUGGGACAGGUAUAUGGGGAUUGAAUGACUACAACCCCAUUGUUAUUCCUGGUUCUAAGAAUAUCCCAAACGAACGCUUUCAAACUUUCUGGGUGCAUCAUUAACGUUUCCUUCCAAUGAUUGUCUUUUCUAAUACUUGUGUGGUCCUGUUGUUAUUUUCAGAAGAAAUGGUUCUGCUGCAUCCAAAGUUCAGCAGCAGAAGCUUGACAAAUUUCUUGGCUGCAGAAGAAGAAGCUGCUUCAUGUAACUGUUAUGUCAUCCCACCAUAUAAAUGUUUUCUUCAAGAAGAUGAUAGGGGAGCUGUAGAGCGGGUCAUGAAUCCUCCUGGAGUUCGUUGUUCUUUUUUCUUUCUUUUGGGUGUUGUGAAAACUGCGGUUUUUGGUGGAGGCAAAAAGGAAAAUAUGAUUUGAAAUACCAAGGUCAUUUGUAUCUUGUAAAGAUGCAGUUUAUAUAUAUGGUCAUCUAAUCUGUUCUCUCCCAUUUUCUCAUGUUACGAGCUUGUAGAGAGCUUUUGUGAUAUCUGCCCCUCUGAAUUCGUUCUACUGUACUGGUCAAUUGGUUUUCUUUCGCAAUAAAUAACCUCAUUCUUUCCAGGUUUCACUUUUAGCAUCACCUGAACAGUGUGGACUUGUUCAAAUUCAAGCAGGUUUCUAU